AUGGGUUUCCCGCAGUCAUUUUUCACCUUCAUAAUCAUCAUCUUUUCAACAAUUACAUACCAAUCACACAAAGUUCAAUCCUCUCCAUCACAGGCGGAAACCCUCUUGGCAAUCCAGCGUCUCCUCAACUACCCACCUGCCUUAAGCAACUGGAACAACUCCACCACUGAUUUCUGCUACACAGCGCCGGUCCUAUCUCUCAUGGUGAUCUGCGAAAACGACGCCAUAAUCGCCCUCCAUAUCAUCGGCAACAGCAACAGAGACAACCCAAGUUCCUAUCUUCCACUGAUCAACUUCUCCAUGGAAAGUCUGGUCACCACUCUCGCCGCCCUCCCAGCGCUGAAACGGCUGACCCUGUCUUCUCUGGGUUUAACCGGUUCAUUGCCCGCUAAGAUCUCCCAUUUAUCGUCACUGGAAGGACUCAAUCUCAACUCCAAUUUCCUCCGCGAUCCGCUCCCUGAAGAGCUGUUGUCGUUGCCUAACCUUGCAUCCAUUUCUCUGGACGACAACUUAUUUGCGGGGGAGCUGCCAAAUUGGAUCGGAUCGCUUCCGGCUCUAACGUCUCUUAGCAUAAAGAAGAACAUGUUCAACGGUACAUUACCCGAUUCAAUCACCAACCUGACGAAUCUCGAAUCGGUCACGCUCGCGCAGAACUACUUCCAAGGGAAUCUGCCAGAUUUGAGCAGGCUGAAAGGGCUUCAGGUGGUGGAUUUGGAGGGGAAUGAGUUCGAAACAGAGUGUCCUUGUUACUUGCUGGGAUGGAAUUCAAUGACCGUUUUCGACAUUGGUGGAAACAAGUUCAGUGGUAAGCUGUCUGAGAGCCAGAGCUGUGGCGUUGGGCUGGAGUUUGUGGAUCUUUCUUCCAACUUUUUGACCGGGAAUCUGCCCAAGUGUCUUGCUGUCAAGAACUCCAGCAGGACUGUUCUGUUUGAUGGGAACUGCUUGAAGGGUACUGGAGAUCGGGCAAGUCUGCAGCGCCCAUUGUCAUAUUGUGAUGGUCAAUCCUCUGCGGGAAGCAGACACAUUAGUGAUCUGCUGAUCACGAUCACCACGAUGAUUGUCCUGCUGGUAGCUGGAUGGAUUGAAUAG